AUGUUCUCAGCGAGUGCCAUCCCCAUGGACCCAGUUACAAAUGUCGUCGCCAACCAAAAAGCCCCCACAGGCGUUUCAACCCGAUCUUCAUCUAUCCCCCAAACAUCUUCCACUACCGCCGACUCGAAGGCAACGUCUUCGCCUCAAGGCUCCACCACCGGCUGGCACGGUGCUCGUGCUUUCGGUACCAAGUUCUCCGUAGCUUCGCUCGCUGGCGAUUCGAACUACGAAGCACUUGUAAAGUAUUCGUUGGCUGCCAACGACAACGCAAGUGGUCAGCUCUACCAGAACGUUACUAUUCCAGCCAACUCCGCCUGGCAGCUCAGUGCAAAUGUCUUUCUCAACUACCCAAGCGGUCUUCCUGCUGGCGUGGCUUGUGUUGUCAAAUACAGUCUUGGAAGUGACGACAUCAUUCUCGAGCAGUAUGGUGUUGCCUCGUCGAGCGGUCCCGUGUUGUCUGACAGUGCUUCUGGCCAAAUGUCGCAAGGCUUCACUGGCCGUUUCAUGAUAGACACUUACUGCAACAGCGCCAGCUCUUCGGCAGCAAGCUUCGCGCUGGGCUUUGGCAACAUCCAGCUUCUUGUCUCGGAUGCUGGAAGUACUACCACAGCCGCAGCAACCACCGCCGCAGCAAUUACAACCUCGAGCGCUUCGUCUACGCCAUCGAGCACAACUGGAACCAACAUGCUGACCAACGGCAACUUUGGCACAGGCGACUACUCGGGCUGGGCCCUGUUUCGUCUGGGCAACCCCACAUUCGCUGUCCAAGGCAACCCCAAUGCCUAUGUCUCGGUCAUCUCUUUCCCCGCUGGCGGUGAUUCAAACUCCCAAGCUGCUCUGCUGCAGCAGUCCGGGACCGCAAAGGCUGGCAAGACGUAUACCGCGUCGAUGGGUCUUUUACUCAACUACCCUAACGGCCUGCCCAACGAUGGCUCCUCUUGCAGUCUGCAAAUGUACUUUGUCGACUCCAAUGGAUUUGGUGUUUCGUUCGCUCAGACGUCGUACAAGUAUGGUGAUGCGGCGUAUCAGAGCAUUACUGGCAGUGGUACGGUGAACAAUGGAUUUGAUGGCGUCUUUGAUAUUUUGAUCAGGUGUUAUGGCAGCGCGCGGGCGAUCGUUGCCGGCGUUGAGGAUGUGCAGCUUUUCGAGUCUUAG